UUGUUUCACCCUCUAAUCCGAUUAUAUUUCGUUUCAAGAUGGCUCGUAAAAUUUAUGGUAUCAAUGAAAAAUUAGAUAAAAUUAACGAAAAUAGUGUUAGGUAUACGUUGAAUUCUAGUAGCUCUCAUGAUGAUCAAACUAGGGAGCAACGUAACCGUUUAACAUCGUCGAUUGGAGAUGAUUCAAUACUUCUAGGGAGGGAAGGUGCAAAAUUAGACAUAGUUAAUAUAUUGACUGACAAGUUAACAGCAUCAUCAUCAUUUGGCAUUUCUUCUCAGCAAGCCAAAAUUUCUACCCUAUCCAUUGUGGGUAUGGGUGGACUUGGCAAGACUUCACUAGCUCAGUUGGUCUUUAAUGACGAGUCCAUAGAAAAAUUCUUUGAUCUAAAAAUGUGGGUCUGCAUAUCUAAUGACUUUGAUGUUCGUAAGAUUUUAAGAAAUAUCUUAGAGUCCAUCACUGAAGCUGCGUGUGGUGACUAUUCAAAUUCUGAUGUUCUGGCAAAUCAGGUUAAGAAAAGAUUGAUUGGUAAAUGAUACUUGUUAGUAUUAGAUGAUUUGUAGAAUGAGGAUACCGAAGAUUGGGAAAAACUAAAGAAUAUCCUUGUCCAUGGUGUCGUAGGUAGCAACAUGUUAGUCACUACACGCAACCAGAUGGUUACAUCCGUUGUUGGGGGUAUGGUUUUUGAUUUACAAAAGUUAUCGGAUGAUGUUAGUUGGUCUAUCAUCGAGAAAAAAGUAUUGUCUCAAGGUGGAGAAAUACUGACUGAAAAAUUGAUAGAUAUUGGAAACGAGAUAGCGAGAAAAUGUGAUGGCUUACCACUUGCAGCAAAGUCUCUUGGAGGAGUAAUGUCCUUAAGAAGAGACGAAAGCUAUUGGUUGGCGAUUUUAAACAAUAAUACUUUGUGGGAUACAAAGGAAAAUAGAAGAAUUAUAUCAAUAUUAAAACUGAGCUAUGAUAGUUUACCUUCUCAUCUGAAACAAUGUUUUUCAUAUUGUAGUUUGUUUCCCAAAGGCUGGAAAAUAUUUAGAGAAACUUUAAUCCAAUUAUGGGUGGCAGAAGGGUUGAUCUUUCUGCCAUCUAAUAGGGGAGAUAGUCUCGAGGAUGUAGGUAAUGACUAUUCUGAGCAUUUGCUGUGGUGCUCAU